GACAGAAGCAGUGGAGAAGGCUUCGAUGCUGAGGACAAGAGCCAUGCGAGAGAAAGAAGAACAAAGGGAAAUGAGGAAGUACAACUACACCCUGGUGCGAGUCCGGUUUCCUGAUGGAUACAUCCUCCAAGGGACUUUUUACGCACGAGAAUCGGUAUCUGCGCUCUACAACUUCGUGAGAGAAGCACUCAGAGAUGACUGGCUGCCCUUUGAGCUGUUGGGACCAGGAGGUCUUAAACUGACUGAUGAGAACUUGGCCUUCAAUGAAUGUGGGCUGGUGCCCUCAGCCCUCCUGACUCUCGCCUGGGAUGCAGCAGUCAUGGCAGACAUUGAGGCAUCAGGGGAGGAGCAGCCAGCAAGUCCCCUUAAACCAGAACUUCUCUCCAGAGUCCAGACACUGUCGUGAAAUAAAAGGGAGUG